GAGCCGGGAAGUUACGUCUUUAUUACCCAUCAGCCUUCUGAUGUUGUUGUUGUGCAGCAGCAAGCAGCUGUAAAGUGAAAAGGGAGUGAAUCCACCACUGGUGUGGCGUUCCAGGUGUCACCAUGGGUGAGAGAAAAGGAACAAACAAAUACUAUCCUCCAGAUUUUGAUCCAGCCAAGCAUGGAUCCCUCAAUGGCUACCAUAAAACCCACGCCCUGCGGGAGAGGGCCCGGAAACUGUCCCAGGGCAUCCUCAUUAUCAGGUUUGAGAUGCCUUACAACAUCUGGUGUGAUGGCUGUAAAAACCACAUUGGCAUGGGGGUUCGGUACAAUGCUGAGAAGAAGAAAGUGGGGAACUACUACACCACACCAAUUUACAGGUUUAGGAUGAAGUGCCACCUCUGUGUCAAUUACAUUGAGAUGCAGACAGACCCAGCCACUUGUGAUUAUGUUAUAGUAAGCGGAGCUCGCAGGAAGGAGGAGCGCUGGGACAUGGCUGAAAAUGAGCAGAUCCUUACCACAGAGCGCACAGAGAAGGAGAAGCUGGAGACGGAUGCCAUGUACAAACUGGACCACGGCGGGAAAGACAAGGAGAAGCUAAAAAAGGCUCUGCCGUCUCUGUCGGAGAUCCAGGACUACCAGUCCACCUGGAAGGAUGACUUCCAGCUCAACAGCACCCUCCGUAGGAAAUUCAGAGAAGAGAAGAAAGUUCUGGCUGAGCAGGAGGAGAAGGACAAUGCAGUAAGGAUGAGAACCAACUUAUCCAUCCCACUGUUGCCAGAGAAGGAGGAGGACAAGAAACUAGCAGCACUACUCACCUACCAGACACCUGACUCAUAUGAAAACAAACAGCAGAGCAAAAGGAAAGAGAUUGCCUCUCGUUCCUGGUUUAACUCCACUUCAUCACCAGCAGGAGGUGCUGCAGGCAGCCUGCUCCAUAAGCUUGGUCUCCAGGGGAAAGAAGUAGCUGUGGCCAAAGCCCUGGGUUCCCCACAGAGUCCUUUAAUCCGGAAACGCACAUCAGGAUCUGGACUCAAAACUGAACAGUGUGCCACCGUCACCCGCAGAAAGUCGCACCCUGAUGUCUGCACAAGUGACGGGGACAUUUUGUUGGCCACACCCACAGUGGAAACCCCAUGUAUAGUAUCAGAACAAAUGGGUCAGAACGAGACAAAUGGUGGUUUCAAGGAAGUGGAUGUCAGAUACACAGAGGAAGCAGACAAAGGACUGACAAAUGACUCUGGAAAGGUGGAGGAUCAGGGAAAACGCUCAGGAGGAGUCACAUCUCUGGUGGCCGACUACAGUGACUCAGAUUCAGAGUCUGGGCACUGAGACUGAAUCAUAAAUGGGACAGUUUGUGUUUUCAGUGAGCGGUCAUGAUAAAAUGGGAGAAUAAACUGUAGAUAUUUGUCACAGCUUCUUGUCACCUGCUGAAUUAAUAGUGCUGCACUCAUUGGUAAGAUGUGUGUGGCCUGCAGAUUUCAGUGUGAAUGUAUUUAAAAAUGUUUUCUAUCUGAACCUGACCCAACUUAAGAUAUUUGGUUAUUUAACUUCCCUGUCUCUGAUGCCCAAACAUAUGACCUGUUAAUGAAAUUACCUUGUAAAAUUAAAUGUAAACUGCUUUAAA